AUGCGCGCCGAUGAACGCGUGCACGCAGAUGCCAGCGAAAUACGUCUCAACUCUGAACUUCAAAAUUUCAACAAGGCGAAUGCUGUCUCGAUGCAGCCUGCCACCCCGACAUCGACCCUCCGGCCGACCUAUGCUGCUCGCAUCCCCUCCAGCCGACCCCCAUCACCACGCCGGGCCGCGAUCAAUGCCCGUAUACCGCCAAACUCCUUCCUCCGGCUUUUCGUGGGUGCUCUGGCAAUAGCGGCAAGCAGGUCAUGGGUACUGGGACAUUCUGAGGAGGGUAGUGGAGGUGCAGGGUGGCUAGUACUGACGUACUGGGCAUUCCGGGUCUUUGAUGAGGCCCGGCUGAUAUGGAGUGGGCCGAGACGGAGAGGGUCAACUAGCCUUGGACAAGAGCGUUGGCAAAACAUGCUGGCAAAGAGUGGGACCUUGGCAAUCCAGUCAUUGUCGUUCUUUGUGGCUCUGGAAAGACUGGGACCCUUUCAGAUCGCGAUAAUAGGAUACACCGCGAGUGUUCUGGGGAGCGCCAAGCCGUCGAAUAUACGGUCUGCUGCAACUAUGGCUCCGAUAACCAUCGCCUCAAUAUAUGUUCUGGUACAAGUCUACUUGGCCCAUGACCACGUCCCAAUACUCAUUACAUUUGUCUACGCCCUCUCGACGCUUGUCAUUGAAGCUGGGUUGCUCCGAUCUGUGAGACCAGUCCAGUAUCAAGACAAGGAUGCUCAAAAGACACAUGUGGCGUUACGGCGAACUAUCGCUUCUGCUGGUAUCGCCGUUGCUGUAAUUUUUGGGCUCUUCUUGACUGGUACCCUUCCACUACCGAUACCCCUCUCAUCCACAACAUCUCAACUAGUAGGAUCAUUCUUCGCCGCUUUCCUUGUCCCCUACAUCCCCUUCUCCUUCAGCGCCAGCUCUCCAUCUCCAUCAUCCAUCCAUCUCAAAUCCUCCCGCGACAAAAGCAUCUUUCUCGCUAUCCUUCCCCUCCUCCAAUUCUUCGCGCUCCACCCGAUGCCUACGGCAAUCGAUGUUUUGGCGUUGUUACCUCUGGCAGUAAUCAGUGUAUGGAGUGUGGGCACACCAAAGGCUCAGUCAGAGGGGACAUGGUCGUUCCCAAAUCAAGCCCUCUCCACCGCUCGAACGAAAUACUCCUUCCUCUCCAUCCUCCCUCCCAAAUGGCGACCCCAUUUCCAAACAAUCAUGUCUUCCCCGACAUCCUCCAAGAUAUUCUACUUUCUCUUGUUGAACCUGGCGUAUAUGGGUGUACAGAUGGUUUAUGGAGUGUUCACGAAUUCUUUGGGAUUGAUCUCGGAUGCUAUCCACAUGUUAUUCGACUGCCUUGGUAUCGCCGUCGGUCUUUGGGCUUCAGUGGCGGCGACUUGGAAACCCGACGGCCGGUACACGUUUGGCUAUACCCGUGUUGAGACGUUGAGCGGGUUUGCGAACGGGUGCUUCCUGAUUCUCAUUUCUGUGUUUAUCAUGUUUGAGGCUAUUCAGCGAGUGUAUGACCCGCCCGAAAUGGAGACGCAGCAGCUGUUGUUGGUAUCUGGUAUAGGACUGGCAAUCAACUUGUUUGGUAUGUGGGCGACUGGAGGACAUCAUCAUCAUGGACACGGCCACGAUCAUGGGCACGCUCAUAGUCAUUCCACCCAUGAUCAUUCCCACCACUUGCAAGAUCACAGUCACGAUCAUUCACAUGCUUCGUCUCAGGUGGCAGCCCCGCCAAGGUUGCAGAAACGGAAAUCCUCCGGUGUGCUGAGUUCGGGGGCUGUGACGCCUAUCAGCAGUGGACGUGCUACGCCUGCGAAUCAUGAAGAAGGCCAUGUGCAUGGAGGCGGACAUCAUGAGCACGAGGAGUCUAAUGGACAUCAGCACCACGCUCAUAAGCACGACGAUCAUACACAUACCCACACCCCGCCGCCAAAAGCUCACUCUCACUCCCACGACUGUGACCGUGACCGCAGUCACUCGUAUGCGCACGCACACGAUGACCAUGACCACUCGCACAAUCACGACGACCACCACGACCAUGCGCACUCUCACAACAUGCGCGGCGUCUUCCUGCACGUUCUUGCCGAUACCCUCGGCUCCGUUGGCGUCAUCGUCUCCACGAUCCUUAUUCGGUUCACGGGCUGGACAGGGUUUGAUCCUAUUGCGUCGUUGUUCAUAGCGGCGCUGAUUAUGGCGAGUGUGAUACCGUUGGUGAUUGAUACGGGGAGAGUGCUGUGUUUGGAUAGUGGGGAAGUGACGGAAGGCGAGGUCAGGAAGGCGUUGGCUGAGUUGUCAAACAUAGAUGGUCUAGCCAAUUAUGCUGCCCCCAGGUUCUGGCCCCGGUGCGAGGGCGAAAUCGUAGGCUCAAUCCACAUUCAACUCGCCCCCGCCCCUUCAUCCUUCGACCCCGGGCGGCACGGCACCCCUCCCAACCAUUCCCACUCCCACUCGCACGCCCAUGGGAAGAAUGGCGAAGUGAUCUACAGUAAUGUGGCUAGGGUGGUAGCGAGGGUGGAGAAGGUGUUGAAAAAGAGGAUAAGAGGGUUGAGCGAGCUGGUGGUGCAGGUUGAAGGGGGGAGCGAGAAGAGUUUUUGUACGUGUAUGACGGGGGGAGGAAAGUGA